AUGGCAAGAAUGUGCAUGCAAUUCAACACAACUCUGGCAGUGGCCUUUGCAAAAGAAAAUACCGAACAAAAAGCCAAUCCUAAUAGAGUUGAGCUCCCAGAAAAAGUUAAGAAUUCAAGAAUUCUGGUACUGGGAGGCACAGGAAGAGUUGGAGGAUCUACUGCAAUUGCUCUCUCCAAAUUUUGUCCUGAUCUUCGCAUAGUCGUUGGUGGUCGAAACAGGGAAAAGGGGGAUGCAAUGGUAGCUAAACUUGGGAACAAUUCAGAAUUCACUGAAGUCAACAUUGAUGAUAAUAAAUCAUUGGAAGAAACUUUGAAUGAUGUGGAUCUUGUUGUUCACACUGCUGGGCCGUUUCAACAGGCUGAGAAGUGUACCGUGCUUGAAGCUGCUGUUCAGACCAAGACAGCAUAUAUUGAUGUGUGUGAUGAUACAAGCUAUGCAAGGCGUGCAAAAUCCUAUAUGAACAAAGCACUCGAUGCAAAUAUUCCAGCAAUCACAACUGGUGGAAUCUAUCCGGGAGUGAGCAAUGUGAUGGCUGCAGAACUUGUCCGUGCUGCAAAAACCGAAGGCCAAGGUGAGCCAGAGAGGCUGAGGUUCUACUACUAUACAGCUGGCUCUGGUGGUGCUGGCCCUACAAUAUUAGCAACCAGCUUUUUACUUCUAGGAGAGGAGGUCGUUGCAUAUAAUAAAGGAGCAAAAAUAAAAUUGAAGCCUUAUAGCGGAAUGCUCAACAUCGAUUUUGGAAUUGGGAUCGGAAAGAAGGAUGUUUUCCUCUUAAACUUGCCAGAGGUCAGAAGUAUUCACGAGGUCCUUGAAGUUCCAACUGUCAGUGCUAGGUUUGGAACUUCACCUUUCUUCUGGAAUUGGGGAAUGGCAGCUAUGACAAGUCUUCUUCCUUCGGAAUUUCUAAGAGACAGAAGCAAAGUUCAACAAUUGGUUCAACAAUUCGAUCCUUUAGUUCGAGCAGUUGACAGAAUUGCUGGAGAGAAAGUCUCAAUGAGGGUUGAUUUGGAGUGUUCAGAUGGGCGCCAUAGAAUAGGAAUUUUCAGUCACAGAAGACUAUCCGAAUCAGUGGGAACCGCAAUUGCUGCAUUUGUACUUGCCAUGCUCGAGGGAGGCACGCAACCGGGCGUUUGGUUUCCAGAAGAGCCUGAAGGAAUCGCAAUCGAGGCACGAGAACCUCUUCUGAAACGUGCGACGCAAGGAAGGAUCAAUUUCAUAAUGAACAAGGCUCCAUGGAUGGUUGAAACAGACCCUAAAGAAGUUGGAUUAGGAAUUUAUGUAUGA